AUGGUUUCCACGGAUGCACGACUUGAACUGCUUAGCAAGUCCAUUGACCUUUCAUAUGCAUUAGAAAAUGAUGAUAAUAUCUUAGAACAACUUACGUAUCCGAGCCGAAGAGUCGAUUUCUUCGUGCAUCUUUAUGAACAUCAACAAAACAUCGAAGCUACCACUGCCUAUCAUCUUGGAAUUUCUUCAAAAUAUUGCAAAAUAUCCGAAGUGAAAGAGUGGCGACACGGGAGCUUUAACGUGUGCAUUCCAGUCGACAUUAGCAACGGCCAUUAUGCCGGAAAGCGAGUUUUGAUUAGAUUCCCACUGCCUUAUAAGGUCGGAGAGUCUCGAUAUCCGGGAAAUGCAGAUGAAAAGCUUCAUUGUGAGGUUGCGGCAUAUAUGUGGAUCAAUCAGAACUGCCCUUCUGUGCCAAUUCCAAAGCUAUUGGGCUUUAGCUUCUACAACAACCGCACUUUCCUGCUCCCCCAAAGUACAACUUUCUUCAACCGAUUUAUCUGGCACGCUCGUCGUUUUCUAUCUUCCUUAUUCGGCACGCCUUUGCCUUGCGACUAUGUGAUUUCAGGCUCUCCCCACGCUCUCGGCUAUGGAUACAUCCUUCUUGAGUACAUUGGACCUAGCACCGGAAAGAUGCUUUCGUCAUCAUGGGAUGUUCACCGCCAUGACAGAAACCGCCGAAUGAAUCUUUUCAAAGACUUAUCGAAUAUUAUGCUGACGCUGGCCGGCUCUAUAUUUCCAAAAAUUGGGUCCCUUACUGUCGAUGACCACGGAAUGGUCCAGCUUGAAAACCGCCCUCUCACACUUCGGAUUCAGCACAUGGAGAACGAAGGCAUACCAACCGAUAUAGACCGACGCCAGACAUACUGUACUUCCGAGGCGUAUGUGCUUGACCUGAUUCGAUGCCACGACAACAAAAUACGGUUCCAGCCAAACUCUAUAUGCGACGAGUACGACGGCCGUGCCCAACUAGCGACUCUUGGAAUUAUGCGAACAAUUUAUUCUCAUUAUCUUCAACAUGCGCGGCGCAAUGGGCCAUUUUUAUUCAGUCUUACCGACCUUCAUCAGAGCAAUAUAUUUGUUGAUGAUGAUUUACACAUACGGUGCAUAAUCGACCUAGAGUGGGCUUGCUUGCUGCCUGUGGAAAUGAUUCAGCCACCGUGGUGGCUCACUUCUCGUGGCAUAGACGAGUUGCCCGAGGGCGAAUAUCUCAAAGAAUACGAUGAUCGCCGUCGUGAAUUCAUAAAAUGUUUCGAAACGGAAGAAAAAUCCCUUUACCCUAAGAGACAACCAUAUAUUGCAGAUACAAUGAACACCGGCUGGGGAAGCGGCGCGUUCUGGUUUUUCCAAGUGCUGAGCAACCCUCGGGCUGUCUCUGGCCUUUUUCUUGACCAUAUUCAACCAAUAUAUGACAGAACCCAGGAUCUAAAUUUUGAUAGCAUUGUAUCUCGCUAUUGGGCCCCGAAUACGGAAGAGUUUAUAGCCAAAAAGAUUCAAGAUAAAAUGGACUAUGAUUGCGAGCUAAAGAGGAGGUUUCAACCACCUCUAACAUAG